AUGGAAACGUGUGUUUUGAUACCUGUUGAGUUCAGUCUUGUUCUUACCACUUCACCUGUUACAAAGAAACCCUACAGUGGAGCAUCCGUAUGGAGCAAUCAAAGAAUUUCUAGAGGUUCAAGAUUUUUACCUUUUCAAGGAACUGUUCGUUUAGAUAAGUUGGAGAUCUACUCAAAUUUGGAAGAUAAUGAUGUUCGCCACCGGUUCGGUUGCUACGAUGAGAUUCAGGAAAUGGAUUGCCAAAGAGUCCGGCAUUGCAACUGGAUCAGGUUCCUGAGGUUCUCUUCCACACUAAGCAAUGAAGUCAACCUAUUGGGCUCACUGGUUAAGGGUGAACCAGUGUUUGAGACAGUUCGAACCGUUUCGUCCAACACAGAGCUUGUUGUCUUUUUCGAGCCUGGUGAUGAUAUGGAUGAAAAUUCUUUAAGGUCUCAUGUAACGCUGAUGGCUUGCCGGAGUCUAACAGCAGCUCAUUAUAGGCAUGCGAUGGGCAUGAUUCUAGAAGAUACUCCAUUAGACUUAUCACGUUCCCUACUUUCAUCUCGUGUCCCGGUGAUGACAUUGGACAUUCCACAGUCGACAAGGACAUUGAUGACACCACCAUCAGAGCCCGAGGAACGACGAUCGGUAUCCAGUGACGGUCUAUCUCCUAGUGAUGAAUCAAUGAACUGUGAAAUUCGGCCAACAGUGGUUAAAAAAGGCAGAGAAAGAACAUUACUACCAUGUGAAGUGUGCGGCAAAGCUUUUGACAGACCAUCACUACUGAGGAGGCAUAUGCGAACGCAUACAGGAGAAAAACCGCAUGUAUGUGAUGUUUGUGGCAAAGGCUUCAGUACUUCCAGCUCGCUGAAUACGCACAGAAGAAUACAUUCAGGGGAGAAACCACACCAGUGCCAUGUCUGUGGCAAAAGAUUCACUGCUAGCUCAAACCUUUACUACCACAGAAUGACACACAGCAAAGAAAAGCCGCACAAGUGCAAUUUAUGUUCAAAGUCCUUCCCUACUCCUGGUGAUUUAAAGAGCCAUAUGUACGUUCACAAUGGCUCUUGGCCGUACAAAUGUCAUAUUUGCAAUAGAGGCUUUAGUAAGCAGACGAACUUAAGAAAUCAUCUCUUCCUGCAUACCGGUGAUAAACCUCAUUCCUGCAAACACUGCCACAAGCGAUUUGCUUUAGCAUGCAAUUUAAGGGCACAUCUGAAAACACACGAAGGGGAACACAAUGAAAAAUGCACCCAGUGUGGCAAAACCUUCCCAGCAGCAGCUAAAAAACUCACACAUGGUUACUGCCAACCAUGUUACCAAAACAGCAACGGCAUCGCCCUAACGAAGAAAUUCUCUAGUCCGAGCGACGAAAAUGAACAAGAAACCAGCAAAUCACCUGUCUCAGAACCUGCAAUGGAUCUGAAUGGGGCUUCCAUAAAGCGAGAAAUCACUGCUCCCUCAGAAAUACCUGUUGGCUCAUCUCCUCCUCCCCCACCGAUGCUUCUCGGGAUGUUAGAUCAAGUGAUGUUGCGGUAUCGAGAAGCAGGUGGUCUUCUUCCACCCUCACUUUCUGCGUUGAAGUUCCUUGAAGGAAUGCCUGUUCUUUCACAAAGAAACUGA